AUGUCCAAGGCCAAGCAGCAGGCACAACAAAAUGUCCAGGGCCACCCUCCAUCCUCGGGCUCGUUCGCUUGGGGAUUCCUGCUCGGCCAGCUCACCCUCGCGCUGAUCCUCUUCAUCUUCAUCAAGUUCUUCAUCUUCGGCGAUGCUCCCUCAGCCGAUGAACGAGCAUCGACCCGAGCGGCCGCCCGCCGCAAUCGCACGCUUUCGCAUACCCGACAACGAACGCUGUCCACCGCUCUUCGCCCUCGUCCCAGUCUUGCAGCUUCCGUGCUAAAGCCACGUACAGACGGCGGUCUCACGGUUCAGAAGAUCUUGGAGAAGACGUACUACAAUGUUCAUGGCCAUCAACCAGAGAGUUUGGAUUGGUUCAAUGUGCUCAUAGCACAGACGAUUGCACAGUUGCGAGCCGAUGCACAGGAGGACGAAGCCGUUCUCGAUAGUCUGAAUCAGGUCCUCAAUGGGCCAGGGAAGCCGAGUUUUGUCGACGAGAUCAAGGUCACAGAGAUCAAUCUGGGAGACGAAUUCCCGAUUUUCAGCAAUUGCAGAGUGAUACCCGUGGACGAGAAUGGCGUGCCGCUCAAAGAWCUCACUGGGCAACGGGGGGAGCGACUUCAAGCGAGGAUGGAUGUAGACUUGGGUGAUGUGGUUACAUUGGGCAUCGAGACGAAGCUCGUGCUGAACUACCCCAAGCCAUUCAUGAUGGUGCUUCCCGUGGCAUUGGCGGUCAGUGUUGUGCGGUUUUCUGGAACUUUGAGUUUGAGUUUCUCGCCGUCCUCGCAGGAGAACAAUGAAGGGCAUCCUUUGAACCCCACGGGCCAUUCUCCGACUACCCUUACUUUCACUUUUCUGGACGACUAUCGGCUGGAUCUGAGCGUUCACUCUUUGAUCGGAAGUCGAAGCCGACUGCAGGAUGUCCCGAAGAUUGCGCAGCUAGUGGAGGGAAGAAUCCAUCAAUGGUUUGAUGAGAGAUGUGUGGAGCCGCGUUUCCAGCAGAUUGUGCUGCCGAGUCUAUGGCCAAGGAAGAGAAAUACACGUGGCGGCGGAGAUGAUGAGACAGUUAUCGACGACGGGCUCAGCUCGAAUCCAAAGGAAGGAAGUUCAAAGGAUCCACUCCAGCCGCCGGACAUUCCAAAGACGGAAAGAACUGUCAGUACCCCGGCGGAUGUAAAUCAGUCAAGUAGAACUAGUGGUCGCGAGACGACUGCCGAGCAGAGGACACGCAAUUGGGCAGCGCAGCAUUCCGGCACGGCGGCCAAACAGAAGUCGGAGAUGAGCGAACUUGAGAAAGCUGGCCAGGAGAUGCGAGAAGCGGAUGAGCGUGCGAGGAAGAAGGAGCAAAUUCGAGCAAAGGCGACUGGGUCCGGUGAUGCCAGUGACUUACGCUUGCGGACCAUCCGAGAAACGAGCUACGAAGGCACGCCAUCUUCGGGUAUACGAGCAAAYUCCUAG